AUGGCACUGAGUGAGAUUCGUGCACUAAGAGAGACACAACAUCGUAACAUCAUAAAACUUUAUGGUUUUUGUUCAGAUUCACGUCAUUCAUUUUUAGUUUAUGAGUUCUUAGAAGGAGGUAGCUUGGAGAAUAAACUUAGGAAUGAGGAAGAAGCAUUGAGGUUUGACUGGCACAAACGGAUGAAUACUAUCAAAGGUGUAGCGAGUGGUUUGUGUUAUAUGCACCAUGAAUGUUCAUGCUCAGUCAUCCAUAGAGAUAUAUCAAGUAAGAAUAUUUUGUUUGAUUCAGAAUGUGUUGCUCACAUAUCUGAUUUUGGCACUGCUAGACUCUUAAACCUCCACUCCUCCAAUUGGACUUCAUUUGCUGGGACCUUUGGAUAUGCUGCUCCAGAACUUGCUUAUACAAUGGAAGUGAAUGCAAAGUUGGAUGUUUAUAGUUUUGGGAUUUUAACAUUAGAGGUGUUAAUGGGAAAAAACCAAUGUGAUCUUAUCUCAUCUCUUUCCUCUUCGUGUUCCUCGUCUUUCUCAUCAUUGCCUUCUACUUUCUAUGGCAUAUUAUUGAAAGAUGUACUAGACAAUCGCCUCCCACCACCAGAGGAUCAAGUAGUAGAGGAAAUUGUGAUUACCACAAAGUUAGCACUUGCUUGUGUUAACACCGAUCCACAUCUUCGACCAUCUAUGAAGCAAGUUUCUGUGGAGCUAUCAAAACUGAGGCCAUUUUCAGAGAGUUCAUUCCACACAAUUACUUUAGGUCAACUCCUUGAUAUCAACUGUAUUUAG